CAACAAAAGAUGACACCGCCUCGUCAGGUGCAUACGUGUACUGGGACCGUAACUCAUCUCAUUUUCGUUCUUAUAAGGGCCUAGUGGGUCGGCGGUGAGUAUGCCACUAACCAAUAAGUACCCCACCGCGCACAAUGAUCAUCACCGACCUGUUGGAAGGGAGGACAUUUCAGGGAUGUGUUCUCAUACUGUUACUAACAUGUGCAGGGUAUACUUUUGUUAAUGUCGUCUACAACAUCUACUUUCAUCCUUUGGCGAAAUAUCCUGGGCCGAGGCUGGCGGCCGCCUCGGGAUGGUGGAGGGUUUACAUUGAGGCAUACAAGAAAGAGAGCAUCAUAGAUCGUCUCUUCAAGCUGCAUGAAGAAUAUGGUGGCAUCGUACGAAUCGCACCUGAUGAGCUUCAUUUCAGCGAUCCUGCGAUGUACAGCGAAAUAUACAGCCCGCGGUCGCGCUGGGAUGAGGACGCGAUGAUGUAUCCACACUUUGGUGAGGAGGCCUCGACGUUCACAACGCUCGAGUACCGCGAGGCAAAACGGCGCAAAGAUCUCGUCGCCCCGCACUUCUCGCGUAAGUCGAUCCUGAGCCUUCAGACGGUCGUCCAAGAGGGCAUCGACGAACUCUGCGAGAUCAUUGCUUCGCGCGCCGCGGAGGGCAAGACCACAGACUUCUUCCGCGCCUUCCGCUGCGUCAACUUCGACAAUGUGACGUCCUUCUGCCUCGGCUGGUCGAUGCAUAUACUGCGCGCGUUGGACUUUCGCGCGCAGGCCCUCGAGCGGAUGCAUCAAAGAAACGCCGAUUUCCACUUCUGGAAGCACCAUCCGCUGCUCAGAGCACUGGCAAUGUUUAUGGUGCGCGUGAAACUUGUUUUGAUGCGGCGGAGGGAGCCGAAGGGAUACUUUCGGGUGUAUAAGAUCGACGAACUCUGCGAGAUCAUUGCUUCGCGCGCCGCGGAGGGCAAGACCACAGACUUCUUCCGCGCCUUCCGCUGCGUCAACUUCGACAAUGUGACGUCCUUCUGCCUCGGCUGGUCGAUGCAUAUACUGCGCGCGUUGGACUUUCGCGCGCAGGCCCUCGAGCGGAUGCAUCAAAGAAACGCCGAUUUCCACUUCUGGAAGCACCAUCCGCUGCUCAGAGCACUGGCAAUGUUUAUGGUGCGCGUGAAACUUGUUUUGAUGCGGCGGAGGGAGCCGAAGGGAUACUUUCGGGUGUAUAAGAAAAUUGAAGAGCAAGUCGACAUGUACACAAACCAGCCAGAAGCCCUCGAGAACGCACCCCACCCACUCAUAUUUCACUUACUCCUCGAUCCUGCGCAGAGCCUGAAGCUAAGUAAAGCAUCUUUACGCGACGAAGCGAACUUGGUUAUCGUCGCAGGCACAGACACGACGAGCAAUGCGUCCGCGCUCGGGAUGCUCUUUGCUCUGGGUGGUGACGGGUACAUCGGUGAGAAGCUGAAGGCAGAGCUCAGGGCGGCCUGGCCGCGGCUGGACGAGAAGCCAAAACUUGAGAUGCUGGAAAGCCUACCAUACCUAAAACUGUGUGCAAAGAGUCUUUGCGCCUCAGCCACGGUGUCACCUCUCCCAUGAUGCGCGUCGUCCCGUCACAGGGCGCGAUGCUCGGCGGACACUUCGCCCCCGGCGGAACGAAAGUUGGGAUAAGCAACGUUUUUGUGCAUCUCAACCCGGCUCUCUUCCCUGACCCGCACAUGUUCCGGCCCGAACGCUGGAUUACACCCGGCGCUGAAUCGCUCGAUACUUGGCUCGUCGCGUUCUCCAAGGGGCUGAGGAGCUGCCUUGGUAUCAAGUACGCAUCAUCUUCGUUGGACUGGCAAAAUCCAACGAAAAUAACGAUAGCGUAGCCUCGGGUGGUGCGAGCUCUACAUGAACCUCGCAAAUUUGUUCCGGAGGUUCGAACUCACGUUAGUAGGCGGCGUACAGAUGAUGUUCAUCGGGAAUUCACCUGUCCGGCCAUACGACCUGUGGCAUCGAGACUGCUUCCUUCCCCAGUAUGAGGGACCGGACCUACUCGUUCGCACGACACCUGUGGCAGACUGAGGGGCUGAGUGUUCCCACCCGCUGAGCUUAAUUCUGACCAGCGGGACUCGUGUCAUGACAACUGAGAUCUAGCGAGAUCUACCACGGGAUUGCCUUAAGACGAAGUAUAACUUAACUAAGCUGCACAUAUACAAUAAAUACUCUAGAAUGAUUACACAAGC